AGAGUGCUUUCUCUGCUAGUAAACUUGAUAUUCAUAGAACUGAGUGCAUCUUACUACAAUAGCCAUCACUGGAGAAUCCUGUGAUAUACAUCAAUAAGCUGCAUCUAUUCUAUACCUGAACCCCAGGUACCAACUUGCAAGAAGGACUUCAUCAGCCAUAUAACAUGCUGGUUCUGAGCCUGCUAUACCUGCUGUUACCCCAAGUUGAUUCCUCCGAUCCUGGAGUGGAAAUUGUGACCCCACAGAUUUUAUGGGUUGGGGAAACCCCAUUGCAGAGAGAAGGGAAGCCAGCCCUGAAGAGUCUCCGUAGACCACGCUCCAUUCCAGGAAAGUACCCCGAUUAUUUAUACAUCCAUCUACCUGCAUUUGGUAGAGACCUGUAUUUACACCUGCAGAAAGACCACCGCUUUCUUGCUUCGACUUUCAUCGUAGAGGAGAAAACCGACCACGGAGACUUAAUCCGCUCUCAGUUACCGCUGGAUGAUCUUUGCUUUUAUACUGGAGAAGUUCUGAGCCAAAACCAUUCUUUUGCAUCUGUCAGCACAUGUUCAGGACUGACUGGAUACAUACAGAUAGGGGAGGAGCAGAUGAUAAUUGAACCAACCAACAGUACAACCGACUUCAUUGACCUAUUGUCUGGAAAACAGCACAUCAUCAGACAGAAGCGGUCUGCACCGUCCAUCUCACCUACUCAGUCUGACGCCAUUCACAGUAACUGUCAUAUUGUAUCAGGGAAGAAAAAGAAGCAAAAGAAAAAUGAAAUGGGUGGCGAAUGGCGAGACAAGAGAAACGCAAUCCGUCUAACAGAAGAACACACGGUGGAGACUCUGGUUGUGGCCGACGCUGACAUGGUGCAGUAUCAUGGAGCUGAGGCUGCUCAGAGAUUUAUUCUUACAGUGAUGAAUAUGGUUUACAACAUGUUUCAGCAUCCCAGCUUGGGAAUGAAAGUUAAUAUACGAGUGUCUAAACUGGUCCUUCUACACAGCCGACCGGCCAAGCUGGCUAUUGGACAUCAUGGGGAGAGAUCGUUGGAGAGUUUUUGCCAUUGGCAGAAUGAGGAGUACGGAGGUUCCAAAUACUUAGGAAAUAACCAGGUUCCAGGAGCCAAAGAUGACACCCCUGUUGAUGUAGCGGUUUUCAUGACCAGGACAGAUUUCUGUGUCCAUAAAGAUGAGCCUUGUGAUACUGUGGGAAUUGCCUACCUUGGUGGAGCAUGCAGCCCUAAGCGCAAGUGUGUCCUGGCAGAAGAUAAUGGUCUAAACUUGGCAUUUACUAUUGCUCAUGAGUUGGGGCACAAUAUGGGAAUGAGCCAUGAUGAUGACCACCCAUCUUGUGCCGGACGGUCACACAUAAUGUCCGGUGAGUGGGUGAAGGGCCGAAGCCCCAGUGAUCUAUCCUGGUCAACCUGCAGCCGUGAUGAACUGGAGAACUUCCUAAAGUCUAAGGUGAGCUCAUGCCUACUGAUUACUGACCCUCGCAGCCACCAUGCUGUUAGGCUUCCCCACAAGCUGCCCGGAAUGCAUUAUAGUGCCAGUGAGCAGUGCCAGAUCCUAUUUGGCAGCAAUGCCACGUUCUGCAAAAACAUGGAGCAUCUUAUGUGUGCUGGAUUGUGGUGUCUGGUCGAAGGCGAUUCCUCUUGUAAAACUAAACUGGACCCUCCACUUGAUGGCACAGAGUGUGGCGCAGACAAGUGGUGCAGAGCUGGGGAAUGUGUCAGUAAGACCCCAAUCCCUCAGCACGUGGACGGAGACUGGAGCUCUUGGAGUCCUUGGAGUAUGUGCAGUCGUACGUGUGCAACUGGAGCUCGAUUUAGACAGAGGAAGUGUGACAAUCCCCCACCCGGGCCUGGAGGUCAGAGCUGCAGAGGUGUAAACGUGGAGCACAUGGUGUGUGAGAACCCGCCCUGUCCCAAAGGUGUAGCAAGCUUCCGCGACCAUCAAUGUCAGUCCCAAGACCGCAGCAGCAACAAGAAGAAAAGUCCAAUGACGUCUGUCAUUAUUGAUGAUAAGCCGUGCGAGCUGCAUUGUACCCCAGUGGGCCUGGACACUCCCAUGCUGAUGUCAGACAGAGUACUGGAUGGGACACCGUGCGGCCCUUACGAGACAGACCUCUGCGUUCAUGGCAGGUGCCAGAAAAUCGGAUGUGAUGGGAUCAUUGGCUCAGCUGCUAAGGAAGAUCGUUGUGGGGUCUGUAGCGGAGAUGGCAAAACCUGUAAAGUUGUGAAAGGUGACUUUAACCAUACAAAGGGAAUGGGUUAUAUUGAAGCUGUGGUGAUCCCCGCUGGUGCUAGAAGAAUUCGUGUAGUGGAGGAUAAACCUGCACACAGCUUUCUGGCACUUAAAGAUUCCAUCAAGAAAUCCAUUAACAGUGACUGGAAAAUUGAACUCCCGGGGGAAUUUCAGAUUGCAGGAACAACUAUACGCUAUGUGCGCAGGGGGCUGUGGGAGAAGAUCUCUGCAAAGGGACCAACGAAGACCCCUCUGCACCUAAUGGUUUUGCUGUUUCAUGACCAGAACUAUGGCAUCCAUUAUGAGUAUACAAUUCCAGUGAAUCAGUCUACAGAGCAGAAGACUGAGCCAGAGCGACAGCCGGAUCCUCUGUAUAUGUGGACACACACUAGCUGGGAAGGAUGUAGUGUGCAGUGUGGGGGAGGUGAAAGAAGAACACUUGUAUCCUGUACAAAAAUAGUGAAUAAAACCAUGGUUAUAGUGAAUGACAGCCUGUGCUUUCACAUAUCUCGCCCUUUUCCCCAAGUCCGAAAAUGCAAUGUCCAUCCGUGUCAGUCCACAUGGGUGACAGGGUCAUGGAGUCAGUGCUCAGCCACCUGUGAAAAAGGCGUACAGCAGAGAGAGGUGAACUGCGUGUACCAAUUACAAAACGGUAGUUAUGUCAACACGCGGGAUCUCUUCUGUCUCGGCCCCAAGCCAGCAUCUAAACAGAUCUGUGAAGGUCAAGACUGUCUGUCCAUUUGGGAGGCUUCAGAAUGGACAAAAUGCUCCUCAGACUGCGGCCAAGGGAAUAGGAAGAGACGCAUCUCCUGUAAUAACACAAAGGGCAAAUGUGAUGCAGCUACAAGGCCCAGAGAGGAGGAAGAGUGUGAAGAUUACACAGGGUGCUAUGAAUGGAAAACAGGAGACUGGUCCAAAUGUUCCUCCACCUGUGGCAAAGGGCUGCAAUCUCGAGUGGUGCAGUGUAUGCAUAAAGUGACAGGUCGCCAUGGAAACGAAUGCUCUGUCCUUACCAAGCCAGUGGCCUACAGACAAUGUCACCAAGAAGCCUGCAAUGAAAAAACAAACGCAAACACGAUCACAUCUCCCAGGCUGGCUGCCCUGACGUACAAGUGCACAGGUGACCAAUGGACCGUGUACUGCAGAGUUAUCAGAGAAAAGAACCUGUGCCAGGACAUGCGGUGGUACCAGCGCUGCUGCCAGACAUGCAGGGACUACUAUGCCACCAAGCUGCAGCCACAGAGCUAGUGACCCUACGGCUCAGACUGAAGCAUUGAAAUGUACAGAAACACAACUGCAGUGCUGCAACUACCAAAUAAGAUUUGAACACACUUCUGCAGACUAAUGCUGCCAAUGCCAGUCCAUGCAGCCAUGGGCCAACUUAAAGAACAAGUAUUGAAUGCUCUCUGUACUGUGUCACUUGUUCUUCUGCUUUGUUGGUCACGACCUUACUGUGUAGAGUGAAAAAAAAGACUUGAUUAUGGAUUUUUUUUAUUUUAUAUAUAUUUUUUUUUUUUUAAAGCAACAACAGACAAAUUCUCAGGCAAAUCAAGCGUUUGGAAUUGAAAGCAGGAAAUGGUGAUAAAUUUGCCAGUUUUUCCAAAGCUAAAAAAAGGCACAUAAUGAUGUCAUGUUUAUGGGUGCUAUGUUCACACAGAGUACCUCGCUGUAAAACGGUGCCAGGCGUGAAAUACUGUUUUAUAAAAUGUUCAAGGUGCUUAGUGAGCUUUGCACGUUAAUGCGGGGUGUUUGUGUGUACAACGGCCUGUACUAUUUUACAGGUGAUAAUUUAUCUCGCUCUUCAACGUUAAAUCAAGGCAACAAACCCAUUCACAUACACACACAUACAUUCACACAUACUCAUGCUAAUCCUUUGAUGUUAACGGUCAGUUCACAACGCAGUUACAAGCUGCACAGAUUAGACACACAUCAUAAACCUCAAAUAUCUAUUAUUCAGCUCCUCAAAGUUAUUCUGGAAGAUUUCAUUCCAGCUAUAAUGUGAAAGUGGGGGGCAUUGCCGAACAUGCCCCAAAUCCCCAAUUUCCUGAGCUAGUUUGAUACUGUCUCAUGCUCUAGAAUAGGGAGGUGCAGCUCUUAGAAUACAUACUUACUCCUAAUAUUUUAUAAUUCCUUUUGUAUAGAAAUUCAUAUGCUGGCAUAAUUUUAUAUAGCUUUUAUUUACAAAUCAGAGCUGGAGGUUCCCUCCUCUCUUAUAUUGGUGCUUAUUAUUUUCUUUAUGUAAGAUAUUACCCUGCAACUGACAUAAGGGCCUGCUGUGCAGUAAGAGGGUUAAUAGUCCUUAUGAAGGACACUUGCAAUAAUUAGUGCAGGUAGCACUUAAAGAGGAAAUAAUGGAUAUCGUUAAUGGAUUUUUAAGACAAAAAUAAGAAUACAAAAAUCUAGAUCCUGUUGCACACCCACUCUACAUUAUUUCAGGGUUUUUAUGUGCUUUUUUUCCCCUCCAUCUUCACUGAAAGUUACCACGACCGCUUUACAGUGCUCUUUUCACAGGUCCCUCAGAAUAUUCUGGACAUUUUUGACAGGUGGAGCUUCCUCCACAGCCCCUGUCACCCUCUGGUGGUGCGUGGAGUUUCUAUAGAUUUGUACAUAAACGCAGUGGCUCUGUGUCUCUGCUCAUACAUUUUGUAUUGUUAAAUAAAUUCUCCUGCUAAAAAAAAUCUUUAAAACAAGCAAUAUAGACAACAUUUUUAGUAAAGAGUUUUAACGUAAAUGUAUCCGACGGUAGUGAAUAAAAAUGACUAGCAGCUCGGGACGAAUCGAAAAUUGACUUUUGGGGCAGACGAGCAAAGCAUUGUUUUUUACGCAGUCUAGGAAGCCUUUGUGUGUUGUUCUCGAGCAGGGAGAAAUUAAGUGUGAAUUGAAGGGAUUCAAAGUAAAUUUAUAGUGAAUUUCAUAUGUAGGCUAAAAUAUCAGAACUUAAAAUAUAGCUCACUUUUUUGAGAAUUUUUCCAAUUCAGCAAUUUCGUAAUCAAACGUGGCAGUUCACAUUUUAGUGAAUAAUCCUGUAGGGGUUUCCAUUAUAUGUAAAAAGUGCAGAACGUAUAAUUGUUUUGUUAUAU